UCCCAGAUUUUAGGUAAUCUAGUAUCUAAAAAUGAUUUUCAUAUUUAGAAUAAUUUUUUGUAACAGAGAUAACAUUGAAAGAAUACUCGUUAAAUCAAUUUCGAGUUUUUUUUCGGUAUACGUUUAUCUUUUACAUAUUUAGAAUUUCUGUUUUAUUUUGUCUCUAUGCGGUUUUUAUUAGAAGAAAAAAAUUAAAGUUAAAUUUAUUAUUUCUUAUGCAUUUAUAAUAAUAAAUUUUUAGCUGUUCUAAAUACUAAGCGAUUGAGAUCCAAGCAACUGCAAAGGAAAGCACAGUUAAAAUUAUUAUAAAACUAGCCACACGAUGAUGACGGUAAAAGGAACGUUGCAAGGUCGCCAAACCAUGAUGAGGUUAAGAUUGCUACAAAACUUAAUGCAUGGUCAGUGUAUGAGACACCCUACUUGGCGAAUUCCAAAACGCUUUAAUUCCGAUUGUUCAACAUUAACGCUAGAGAAUACAUUCAAGUGCUAUGAACUGGAUAAGGGUCCGCCCAUGGAUGUUGAAUUGUCGCGCGAGGAUGCACUCAAGAUGUACCGUCAAAUGGUGGAGGUUCGUCGCUUGGAAGUCGUAUCGGGUAACAUGUAUAAGAGUAAGCAAAUUCGUGGCUUCUGUCAUCUCUAUAUUGGACAAGAGGCCGUCGCCGUUGGCAUGUGCGCCAGUCUAAGGAAAAUGGAUAGCGUGAUCACAGCUUAUCGUGCCCAUGCGUGGACCUAUUUACUGGGUGUCUCUGCACACGGCAUGAUUGGGGAAUUGGUUGGCGUUAAGAGUGGUUGUAGUCGUGGCAAGGGCGGAUCCAUGCAUACGUAUGCGGACAAUUUUUAUGGUGGCAAUGGCAUUGUUGGUGCUCAGGUGCCACUUGGCGCCGGAAUUGCCUUGGCGCACAGCUAUAAGAACGAUGGUGGUGUCUGUGUGGCACUGUAUGGCGAUGGGGCUGCCAAUCAGGGACAGGUCUUUGAGGCCUACAAUAUUGCCAAACUGUUGUGCCUGCCCUGUAUAUUCGUUUGCGAGAAUAAUCAUUAUGGCAUGGGCACCCAUGUGUCACGACAUGCGGCCCUAACCGAUUUCUAUAUGCGUGGACAAUAUAUGCCUGGUCUCUGGGUCGAUGGUAAUCAGGUGCUGGCCGUUCGUAGCGCCACACAAUUUGCCGUGGAUUAUGCUCUUAGUCAUGGACCGAUUGUGCUCGAGAUGAAUACCUAUCGAUAUGAGGGACAUUCCAUGUCUGAUCCUGGGAUAUCAUAUCGAUCACGAAAAGAGGUUCAACAGAUCCGAAAAGAUCGCGAUCCCAUUGACAGUUUCCGUAAACAGAUCGUGUCGCUUUGCCUCAGCGAUGAGGACGAACUGAAAAAGAUCGAUGAGGCAAUCAAAAAGGAAAUGGCUGCGGUAGCAAAAAAGGUUAUUGCCGAUCGCGAGGUAGGUCUGGAUGAACUUGCCGGCGAUAUUUAUGCGAAGAAUCUUGAGCCCAAGAUACGCGGUGUUUCCAGUUAUAAUUUAGUUCACAAAAAGAUUUCCGAAGUUUGCUUUGGCAAACCGAAACCAACGCCAGCCAGUGAGAUGAAAGAUGUUCCCGUUGGCGAUGCGGCUUUGUUAGCCGCCCAAGCGGCGGCCAAGAAGAAGAAUGACGAAAAGAUGGCCAAAGAAGCGGCGGCCAAAGGCGGUAAAGGUACAGCUGAUGGAGCAGCGGCGCCAACUGCGGCUGCACCACCAGCGGCUGCACCACCUGCCGCUGCCCCACCUGCCGCUGCACCACCUGCCGCUGCACCACCUACCCCUACACCACCUGCCGCAACACCUCCAAAAAAGGCUUAGAAAUAUCGAUUACUUGACUCGACCAAAUUAAGCAAUUAAAUUUAAUAACAACAUUAUGGCUUGCCUCAAUGAUAACGCAUAAUAUAAUAACUUAACUUAUAUAUAACAACUUAACUUAACAUAUAACUUAAUGAAUGAAAGUUAUUUAACCUGCGGAGCUUUUGAAAGCUCGCCUUACUUGACUUGACAAACUUAAGCAAAUAAAUAUAAUACAGAUAUGGGCAUUUUUUCUAGAAUCGCAAA